UUCUUCUGAUGGGAGAACAAGCAGGAGCCCCGGAGGCUUAGAUCAAGGCUGGAGAGGGGCUGACUGGACAGAAGCCAUCCCAGCGGCGGCGCGGGAAGGAUGCUGGUCCGCAGGAGCGCGCGCGCGGGGCCGGGGAUGCCGCGGGGCUGGACCGCGCUCUGCUUGCUGAGUUUGCUGCCCUCUGUGUUCACAAAUACAGACAAUUUGACUACUAUUACUACAGAGUCAUCUACCCCACGGACCUUCUCAGUUGUUCCUACAAAUUUAUCCCACGAGCAAACUGCAACACCAAGUACCAGUGUCAGAAGUACCAGCCCAUUGCCUGUGACUCUGGGCAGUAAUGGGACCACAGAAACCAUCUCAGAGACUGCAGUCAAUUUCACAUCUACCUCUGUGGUCACUCCAGUCCUCACAACCACAAACUCUUCUGUCCAGUCACAGACCUCUCUAGUCAUCACAGCGUCCACCACCCUAGCCAAGUUUUCAACUUCAGAGAUGACCUGGAAGCCUAGCAUAUCUCCUGGAAGUGUUUCAGAUCCCUCACUUAUCCAUACCAGCUUUAAGCCAUCUCCCACUGAACCUUAUAUAACACCUUCUCCUACUACAAGUACCAUCAAGGGAGAAAUCAAAUGUUCAGGCAUCAAAGAAGUGAGAUUGACUCAAGGCAUCUGCCUGGAGCUGAACGAGACCUCUAGCUGUGAGGACUUUAAAAAGGACAAAGGAGAGGGCCUGGCCCAAGUACUGUGUAGGGAGGAGCAGGCUGACUCCAAGGAUGGGGCCCAUGUGUGCUCCCUGCUCCUUGCCCAGUCUGAGGUUAAGCCUCAGUGCCUACUGCUGGUCUUGGCCAACAGAACAGAAAUUUUCAACAAGCUCCAAUUUCUGAAAAAGCACCAGUCUGACCUGAGAAAACUGGGGAUCCAAGGCGUCACUGAACAAGAUGUUGUGAGUCACCAAAGCUAUUCCCGAAAGACCCUGAUUGCACUGGUCACCUCGGGGAUCCUGCUGGCUGUCCUGGGCCUCACAGGCUAUUUCCUGAUGAAUCGCCGCAGCUGGAGCCCCACAGGAGAAAGGCUGGGCGAAGACCCUUAUUACACGGAGAAUGGUGGAGGCCAGGGCUAUAGCUCAGGACCCGGGGCCUCCCCUGAGGCUCAGGGAAAGGCCAGUGUGAAUCGAGGGGCUCAGGAGAACGGCACCGGCCAGGCCACUUCCAGAAACGGCCAUUCAGCAAGACAACACGUGGUGGCUGAUACCGAAUUGUGACUCAGCUUGGGAGGGCAAGGCUGGGCAGUGUCUGGGAAAGCAGUCCCUCCCUUCAUCUGACCAUGUGCUGCCUCCAUGCUGGAGGUGACGUCCCUUUGUCCAAUCCUUUCCCACUGUGCACAGCUCAGGGGCUGUCUUGGGACCCUCUCUGGGGCAGAGGCAGGUAAACUCCCACCCCCUAUGCAUUCAGCUCCUUAAACCCCGUUCUUCUUUGGGUAAAGAUGUGAUGAAGACAAGCUAAGGUCCAGAGAAUCUCCCAGGAAGGGUUGAUGGCCUUGCGGUAUUGGCACAUUGACUCUUUCCCCUCCUCUCCUCCUCUCUGCUGAAUUGCAAGUGCCCCCAGGGGAAAGGAUGGGCUUUUUUAGGUCAUCAUUUCCUCCCAGGAGGCUUUGAUUUCUACUGCUUUGAUUUUUACAGUUUCUUACCUAUAUUUUCUUUCUCUACUUCAGAGAAACCAAAGUAAGCCUUAUACCUCCUGCUCCCUUGUAACAAUAUAGCCAAAAGAAUAUGUUAUCUUAAACCACUUCCCUUAUCCCUCCUGCAAGACACUGUGGACUUGGUCACUAACCCCCCUUGUUCUCUAAGUUUCACUAAACUCUACAUGUCCCCCUCUGUAUAGAGGCACACGUAUACUUUUCUGGCUGGAGCCUGGAACGGGCUCUGAGUUUUAGACCAACAGCUCAGUCCUUGUCUUCUCUGGGACCACACAGAGACUCUCCUGUGCUCCUUUUUCUCCCUCUGGGUCAUAUGGACAGUACCGUGGGACCAGAUCUUUGAGCCAGGCCUCUUGCCCUGCGCUCUUCUGAGAAACCCUCUUGUUCGGAGGCUAGGUCCCAUCCUUAUCCUCUGAUUGCCCCCCCGACUCCUGGGUUGAGCUGUGGCCUCAGUCCCCCAGCAGACUCCUGUCUGUCACUGUCUCCCUGCCACCAACCUCUUCAUUGCUCUGUACCCUGUAGCCUCAGAGCCCCAGGGCACCUCCUAAGGAUGCUUACCACAAGCUGCCUCUUCUGUGGGUGACCCAGGUCCUUGUUUGUUGUGGUUGGUUUUUUUUCCAGAGGUAUGGGCCGGGAUCCUGAUUUCAAUGACGUUGGAAAUAGAACUUUCCAGAGAUGAAAGGAUUGGGUGAACUUUUUUUCUCAAUAAAAAGUGGUGUGGGUAAAUACUGUAAUUAAAGUGAUGCUGAA